CUCACACUCGCCUGCCUGACGACGCGGCAUUUAGUCGACGCGAGCGAAUCGCACGGAUCGAACCUAAAACCAGAGCGGAUUUUAAGCAUUAACGUCACUAAUUGACAAAAAAUGGUCAGCGAGAAGGAAAAGAAGGCUUUACUGAACAUUCUACGACUAUAUAGAGACCGGCCGUGUCUGUGGGAUCACUCUAUCAAAGCAUACGCGAACAAGCAUCUCCGUCAAGAAGCAUAUUUAGAGCUGCUCUCGAUUUAUCGGUGCUUCGACGAUGGCGUGACGAUGCCGCUCCUCAAGAAGAAAAUAUCGAAUAUGCGCACUAACUAUAUACGGGAAUUGAAGAAGGUAAUCUACGCGAAGAAAAAUGGCCAGGAAUAUGUGCCGACCCUCUGGUACUACUACGAAAUGGCCUUCAUAAAGGACAAACAUAAGCCCAGGAACGAGUUAGACUACGAAGAUACUGAGGGUAUAGAUAGGAGCGAGUGGGAAAGUGAGGAGAGCGUCUCAGCCAACGACGAAACAAGCGAAGCACUGGAAACUACCAAAUCCAGCGUAUUCGUCGAAGAGUUCGCUUCAGAACAGAAGUUCCCCUUCGUCACCACUACCACUAUACCCACUCCCAGCUCCAGUAAAGAAAGAGUCGAGAAGCCUCCCAAGCCCACCAAGAGGCGCAGAGAAUCUAGAGACUCGAGUAAUAAUCUUGACGAGGCAGAAUGCGACAGUUUUGGUCGCAGCGUGGCAGUCCAGCUUAGGAAGAUGUACGUAGAGAAUGCUCUACUAGCGCAGUCCAGAAUACAGAGUAUACUUACUGAAAUAGGCAUAUCUGACCAUAGACAAAAAGCUGCAGAGAAGCAGAUAAAGUAUGUGGAUUAACCAAAGACCUUUUAAGACGUAGUUAUAAACUGUUCCUAAAAAUGUUUGAAUUUGACAAUAUACUUUGUUUACUUACAUUUUAAAUACGUAUUACGUAAGUACUUAAUAUUUACCAAAGAGUAAUAAACUCCGGGUUCUUACUAGUUACUUUUGUAAACACUCAAAAAAUAAAAGAAGUUGUAAGUAUUAGAUAUAAAUUAUAAUAAUAUGAAUCUCGUCAAAUAGAGAGAAAUUCGGUCAUUGACCUUAGAUAUUAGAUAACUGCUUGUCGCGCAUGAAAUUUUAGCAUCCGGCUGAUCCGGCUUUCGUCACGUGACACGUGUGCAUGGAAAAGGUCUCUAGUACCAAAAUAUUAUACCAAUUCU